UGUGAUUGAACCUACCAGAAUCUUUGGUUUUUUUCAAGCAUUAAUUUUUGUUUUAAAAUCCAGAUUAUCAGCGGAUUUUAUUGCUAAUCAUACUUCAAUUUUAAAGUGUAGAAAUGGAUGUAGUACCUAUUCCCCCACAAGUCCAAAGCAGUAAAGAGACAAAGAAAACAGAAAAGGAUAAAGCUCUCGAAUCCGAUCCCUUCAUGGCUUUGAACAAGGGACUCUUCAGGGAGGUAGGGGAUGCCGCUAUAUGGACUGUUUCCUCCUUCAAGAGUAACUGCGGCCCUGAGAAGCUGCGGGACGACAACCUGGACACCUAUUGGCAAUCGGACAGCCAGCUGCCCCACCUGAUCAACAUCCUCUUCAGGAAGAAGAUGGUCAUCACCGACAUCUGCAUCUACCUCAGCCACGAGAAAGACGAGACCUACACUCCGUCCAUCCUGUCCCUCCGCUCAGGAUCCAACUUCUCGAACCUUCAGCAGGUCGACCUCUUGCAGCUGCAGCGUCCAAACGGUUGGGUCAUUAUUCCGAUGAAGAGUCGGGAUAAGAAGAACCUGCUCAAGACGUUCUUGAUUCAGAUAGUGAUAAUGAGCAACCAUCAGAACGGACGGGAUUCGCACAUUAGGCAGAUUAAGAUACAUUCGAUCACGGAUCCAACUAGCAAUGGCCUCUUGCCUCUCCCGCAUUUCCCUUUGAACUUUACAACAAAAGAAUUUAUGAAAUUUUCUACAUUACGCUAAAGAAGAAAUUAUAUUUAUUUUAAAUGUA